UUACCGGAGAUGGAACAUCAUAACCUGUCUGCAGCUAUUACGCUUGACAAGGAACUCCCUUAUGUGUGAUUCAUUUCCGCCUCACCUGAGAACCUGCCCUUCUUCUUACGUUUUUGGAGACGUGUGAUAUAACUCAAAGCAAAACAGUGCUGCGAGAAUUCCAUGAAGGUCCUUUCGCUGCUUGUUUGUAAACGACGCCUCAAGAAACUGGAGAACCUCCUGAUACGGAUGGCCUCCACUCUGCUUGAAGACACCUGUUUAAGGCAGAUGGUGUUGGCGUGCCCUUCCACCACGGUUUGAUAACUCGAGGUCCUCCUGGUGCAUCUGUGGACACGAUGACCUGGAGUCCUGUUGCCAUUGGCUUUGUACUCCUCUUUGAUUUGUUGAAUUGUACAGGUGAGCUGUCACUGCCGCAGAAUCUGACUGUGGAUCUGCUGGACUUUCAGGCCUACAUCCACUGGUCCCAUGCCCAAGGGAACUUACCUGACACCAGAUUCACAGUGGAGCUUCAAGAGUGUGGAACGUGCUCGUGGACGGCGAUCGAGAAUUGCACGCAGAAGACCAGCACUCAGUGCCACUUCACCUUCCCUAUGGAUACCGACGAGCUCAUGAAGCAGUAUUUCUUAAAAAUCGUGGCCGCCUCGGGGACAGAAAGCGCCGAAGAAACGUACCCGCGCUCUUUCCAGCCCUACGGAGACUCAAUUAUUAGUGCGCCUCAACUGAAGGUGUCUGUCCAAAACCAGUUCAUCUGUGUAGAGAUGUGGCACCACCUGGAGUUGAUGUUGUCCCAACUUAACUACUCCAUCAACAUAACGAAGGUCACCCAGGAUGAAAGCGUUCUGGUGGUGUCGAGCACAGCAGUGUCGCCAUGGAUGUUCCCCACCACGCAGCUGCCGCCAGGGCAAUACUGCGUGAGUUGUUCGGUGUUCCACAAACAGCAGAUGCAGAUCCACCGGCAGUCAAAGCGGUGUGUCUCCCUAGAACUGCCAGUGCCGGGGUCUGGAGGGCAAUACCUAAAGGUUGUGGUGCCCUUCCUGCUGGUAGGGCCACUAACAGUGUUGAUCCUGGCAGCCGUCUACUAUCACACAAGGCCCAAGCAUGCCGUGCGUGAUAUGCCCAUGUCGCUGGAUCCCAGUGAUAUGAAGUCCAUGGUCACAACGAUGACGUUGCCCAUGGAGGUGAUAUCCCCGCUGUUGGAUCUGCACGCCCUCUCGACCUCAAUGGGGGGAUGCUCCGAACCACCUGCAAAGAAGUUGGCCUCCUCCUGGAAUUAUACCGCAAGGGGCACAUCCCUCUACCAGAGCGACAUUUCUGCUUCGCUGCUGUCACCGGGAGCCGAAGGACUCGCAGAAUCGCGGUCCCCUAGCCUGGAGUCCAUGUACCGCCAGGUCCUGGAUGAUAAUUUAAGCUGUGACCUCGGGGGGGCCACCCACAGCCAAGAGCUGCCGCUAGAUGAACUGGAGGGGGAUGCCACCUCGCAGGCACACUGGCUACUAGUCCAUGAUGUACCUUUGGACAGCCUGGUCCUGGGCCUCAGAGACACCCAGAGUGAUAAAACUCAUGAGAGCUAUCAGAGGAAGGACGGCGAUGAUGAGGGUGGCCUGCCGAACGAGCCAGAUCCCUCAGAGCUUCGCAUACCACCAGAACUCCACAGCCCUCUCCUGAGCUUCCCCAGCGGGUACGAGGCCCGUGAUCCUGUGGUCCCAAUCUCUUAGACGUUGUCCACAAAGGACCAGCGUGUGUGCAGAUUUUUGGGAUCACCUUUAGGUCAGCUGCUGAACUUUUCAGCAAAUCAAUCCUCUAACUAGUAGUCUAAUGAAGGAGUUGCAGCGAAAAACCGCGAACCCAACGGCCCUUCCUGGAUAAGGUUGCCCACUUCUGUCUUAGACACCUAGUAGCUUCUUCAGUAGGCUCAGCUGGGAAGGAGCUGACGGACUGAUGUGCAUGAUUUGGAGACCAUGUCCAACGGACUGGAUCCUUGGGGAGCGUGUGCUUCAAAUGAAGGAGAUCGCUUUUUGAGAUCUCCCGCAGUUCGCACUGUGGCUGAUUUGCUCUUUGCUUCUCAUAGACCUCUUGCCCAUAAUCGGGUGCCUAUUGCACUGGAAAGGUAUGGUUCUGACACACUGUACGGACAGCGGUCCCAGGUUGUGUUGUGCAGUCAGGACAAGAAGAAAACUGUACCCUUUGUCUUGUUGUUCAACAGAAAUUGUAGCAUGUAAUAUGGAAUGAGCUAUGGAAUGGAUUUAAUAACAUAUGUAUAUAUGUAUAUAAGGAAACUCUGAAACAUAUUAAAAAAAUAUUUAUAUUUGUAUUAUA